CGGUGACAUUUGUUGUUUAGUGGACGCGUUUUUCCACGGUCUGCUACGAAUUCCUCGUAAUUUUAGGUAGCAAAGAUGGCAGCGAAAGAUGCUAAGGCCACCAAGCCCGCAUCGGGCAAGGAUAAGUCGAAAAACAUCAUGCGAGAUUUGCGUAUCCGCAAGCUAUGCUUAAACAUUUGCGUCGGUGAAUCUGGUGAUAGGCUUACACGUGCCGCCAAGGUGCUGGAACAGCUAACGAACCAGACGCCCGUGUACUCGAAGGCCCGCUAUACCGUGCGUUCGUUCGGUAUCCGUCGUAACGAAAAGAUCGCCGUCCACUGCACGGUUCGUGGCGCUAAGGCUGAGGAGAUCCUGGAGCGUGGUCUGAAGGUGCGAGAAUACGAGUUGCGCCGUGACAACUUCUCGCAGACCGGCAACUUCGGUUUCGGUAUCCAGGAACACAUCGAUCUGGGCAUCAAAUACGAUCCCUCGAUCGGUAUCUAUGGAUUGGACUUCUACGUUGUUCUAGGCCGCCCAGGAUACAACGUUGCCCAGCGACGACGCAAGACCGGCAAAAUCGGCUUCAUUCACCGUCUGACCAAGGAAGACGCGAUGAAGUGGUUCCAGCAGAAGUACGAUGGUAUCAUCCUGAACAGCAAAGCGAAGUAAGGCUUUGAGCGCUGGUGUAACGUAAGACGAAUGCAAGCGGAUCGCAAGAUCGCAGUGGUACGACCGUAUGCCACAGGUCUGAACUAAAAUGAUGCCGUGGGGUUGACGCGUUGAGAAAAAAAAAUAAACAUUUUCACCGAAACCAAUCACCGGUUUGGGUGGGAGUAUGGUGUACAA